GAUACACGCAGCUGUUUUGUUGGCACGCUCCGGUGAACUCCUAGUUUAAAAUACACCGAGGGCGUUGGCUUUAAUCAAACUGUUUAAAGAGGAUGUUCCUGUGUAAUGUUAGAGAACCGCACAAGGUCAGAGGUGAAAACGGAGAGUGGUUGGGAGGCGACGACUGUCCUCAUACUUUAUCUUAACAGCGCCGGCCGGCUCGGCUGUUUGGAAGUUGCUCCGUAAUUGUCAGGGAAACCCAACAAAAGUCGCCAACGUUGACAUUCGUGCCUGUGGGCUAGUUAAGGUUUCAGCACGUUGGAUGUGUUCCUCUUCCGCGUGGAAACAUUUCGCUUGUUGGAUUUAGGAUGGUCGUGAUGUUUCACGUUUGAGGAAAACGGCUUUUCAGGCGGUUUACCUGACAUUUGGAACAGAUUCAGAUCUGGAGAGGCUUUUAAAUUCCCCUGAAAUCCAUUGAGAUGGAUGAGCAGGUGAAUCCAUUGGAGAGAGACCACUCUCUGUCUGUGGUUCUGCCAGGGGGGCUCGAGAAGAAUGCCACAGUGCAUGGAAGUAAACCAGUGAUGGACCUACUGGUGACCCUUUGUGCAAGUUACCAUCUGAAUCCGUCAGACUACACUGUUGAGGUUCUCUCGCUCAACAAGAACAACAUCAGCUUCAAACCAAACUCUCCUAUUGGCUCACUGGAGGCGGAGAAGAUUGUGCUGAAGCCCAGAGGGAUGGAGGAAAAGAUCAGGAGGCCGUACAUGCCUGAGGCAUCUGUGCGUCUGUUGAUCAACUACAAUAAGUCCCAUAAGGCCGUGGUGCGGGUGAAUCCCAGAGUGCCCCUUGAGAUGCUGCUACCAGUUGUGUGUGACAAGUGCGAGUUUCAAGUAGAAACAACCGUCUUACUGAGAGACUCUCAGUGCCAAGAGCCGCUGGACCUGAACAAGACCUUAAAUGAGCACGGACUGAGGGAAGUGUUUGCCAGAGACACAGCUGGCCACCAACACAAACCCACAACACCUGAAGCAACUGUCAUGCCAACAGCUGUCAUCCCACCACCUCCACUACAAGACCUGCCAAAGAAGGAAAAGAAACCGAAGGACAACCCAGGAUUCCUCAGCUUAUUCAGAAGAAAGAAAAGAGCAGAAAUGGAGGGGGCAAGGAGUGCCCCAGCUUCUCCUGGGUGCAACAAACCAGUGGGAGUCAGUAUGAAUGUGCAGGGUGUCUCCACCUCUACCACCCUGCCAACAGAUAUGCCCCAGAAGAGACGAGCCCCUCAGCCACCCAUGGGUGCAUCCCAGAGCGUCCCAAACAACCUCGCCACCUGUCACGUAGGAGGCUCACAGAGGUCUGCAGAAUCCACCCUAAGGAGUACCAAGAGGAGGGCCCCACCCCCUCCCUGUGCAAACAGCCAGCAGGAGCUGCAGGCACACGCAGAGGUUAAAGGGACUGUAGAUUCCCUAAACGCUGUGGAGGAGCUGAGUGAAACCGAUGAGUCACACUCUGUAAACCUAUCACUCCCCUCAUCUUCAUCACUCCAUCUGUCGCAUCCACGGUCAUCCUCAUCCUCCUCACGUCCAUCAUUUGCUCAUCUGCAUAAAGUGGCUGAUCCGUAUCUCCCUUCGUUUCGAGGGAAAGACUUAUCUGACGCCCGCUGUGCUCUUGCUAAAGUCCUGACGUCUUCCAUUUCCAAAGGAACCCUGACCAAACAUUUGAGGAACUCCGCCACCUUCCCAAAAUCCUACAGUGGCUCCUCCUUUAUGUCCAUGACUCAGAGGUGUUCUGAUAACGGGGCUUUCUGUGCAGAACAUGAAUCUGUUCUAACAUCCAACCUCCCUACUGAGCAUGAGUGGGAGGAUCCCGCACAGAAGAAAGGAAUGACCACGUUCAAAGUGGUCCCCUUGAAUAAACAGCAGUCCCAUAAUGCAGCACUCACCCCAGACCAGAGAACAGUAGAAGAUAACCCUGAGAGUGAAGCUUCUCCUGAAUUUGGGAGAAAUCUAACCGAGACUGAGGAGGAUCCAUGUUCUCCUGACACAUCGGAGACUGAAGCACCUUUGCAGAGUCCAGAAACCUCUUCUGGAGACACAUCAGAGACUGAAACACCUUUGCAGAGUCCAGAACCUUUUUCUGAGGACAGAUCAGAGACUGAAACACCUUUGCAGAGUCCAGAACCCUCUUCUAAGGACAGAUCAGAGACUGAAACACCUUUGCAGAGUCCAGAACACUCUUCUGAAGACAGAUCAGAGACUGAAGCACCUUUGCAGAGUCCAGAACACUCUUCUGAAGACAGAUCAGAGACUGAAGCACCUUUGCAGAGUCCAGACUCCUCGUCUAAGGACAGAUCAGAGACUGAAACACCUUUGCAGAGUCCAGACUCCUCGUCUAAGGACAGAUCAGAGACUGAAACACCUUUGCAGAGUCCAGAACCUUUUUCUGAGGACAGAUCAGAGACUGAAACACCUUUGCAGAGUCCAGAACCCUCUUCUAAGGACAGAUCAGAGACUGAAACACAUUUGCAGAGUCCAGAACCCUCUUCUAAGGACAGAUCAGAGACUGAAACACCUUUGCACAGUCCAGAACCCUCUUCGGAAGAGAUUGAGGCUUCUGACAGGCCAGCUUCUCUUCCGCCUCCACAUGAUCCAGACUGUCGGGAUAGUCCAGUCUCGCCUCUUUCUGACGUUGGGGACACGGUUCAAAAGCAGACGGAAAAGGAGGAACCUGAAGUCCCAUGUGAGGCAUCACUAGCAGCACCGUCAGACUGCAGCGAUGGAGAACUCAGCAGGGACCAUCCAACCAACUCAGCGGACCAGACGGAGUGUCAGAGCCCCAGUGGACAGUCUGUCAGUACAGACGUGGACCGGUGUGCUUCAUACACUGAUGAGAAAGAAGUCGAGGAGGAAGCGGUACAAGAAGAGGAAGAAGAGGAGGACUUUUUCCCUCCCCCUCCUCCACCUGUCUUCUUUGAAGACAUGGAGGCCAUAGAGGAGAAGCGAGAAGAUGCUACAGCUUCCUCUCUGCCAUCCAGAUUUGCACAGGCAGUAGCAAUGGCCGUGCAGAGGUCCCGUCUCCAGAGUCACGACAAAGGUUUAGGCCCUCCAGCCCCCAGUGGUCCACACAGUACACUUCCCUCAUCACCCAGGUCCACUUACCAAUACGGUGCCUGACUGGCUUCCUCACACGUCUUUGAAUAGAAGUCCUUGUUUAGGGUGAGGAAUCAGAGCGAGGACACCAGUCUCAGCAUGUGUUUAAAUCCCAAACAAGAUGCCAGCUGAAUAAUUUCUAAGACAAACUGCAUCAGUUUUACAAGCAGCUGACUUGGUUUCUAUGAUUUAUUUUUAUUAUCUCUUUUGAUUUUGUGCAAGACACCUUUUAUGUUGGACUUUUAUGUUCACAGGUUGAACAUAAACAUUUUCUGUUGUCAAGUAAGCCAAAUGUACAGGACAUGAGUUGUUGAACUGACAAUGUCCUGUUGUUUUUUCUUUACUUCCUUUUUGAAUUUCCAUUGAAGAUGUGCCAAGGCCGGACACAACGCUGACGUGAGAGCUUUUUAGUUUUUGUUUGUGUAAAACAAAAGAAAUGAUGUACUCGCAAUAAUAUGCUUAUUCUAUGUUUGUGCCAGAAUUAGUUUUUGUCCCUGAGGGUCUACAUUUGUAUGCUUUAAGACAUGAAGAAUGCAGUAAAACUCAUGAACUCAGUUUCAGACAGGUUUGUUGUUUAGUCACCAGGUGGCAGAAGAGCAUUGUUUCUAAAAAAACAAACAAAAAACACUAUGAAUAUCCUGACACUAUCCAUUUGUGAGGUCUUCUUUAUCAUAUGAAUUCUGGUGGAUGUAUCACAAGUGACACACUUUGUAUAUUUUUUAAAAGGAAAAAAACAGUAAAUAUUGUUUUCUAAU